CAGAGACCGAGCAGAGAGGGAGACACACGGGGAAGAAGAGGGAGCGAGACACCGAGCAGACAGAGAGACAGCUGCGGUCCACCGGAGCAGACAGACAGGCAGGCUGCCCGGGAGAGAGUGCGUCACCUCGGCUGACCGUCUUGUCCCGUUACGCGGCGUCACGGCAGCAGAAGCACCGGCGAGCAGGAGAUAGUGAACCCCUUCCUCCAUCUUUUUUAACAGAGCUUAUUCCACUGGAGAGGACACACAGCCGCAGUGAUCCCGCCCCACCAGGCCUUGAGGAUUAAUUGGCCUCCUACAUCUAAGCAGAUGCCCUAUUUAUUACAGUUUUCUCACAAAGCCCAUGGAUUUCAUUGAGCGUGUGGGAGAGGCCUUGAUCACAGACAUGUCAACACUGCAUCAGGAUAUUCUCAGUGAAGAAGCACUUCAGUAGAAGACGUGUUUUCAGCUCUCAGAACAUUUCUGACCAUGUUGUAAUUUCACAGGCUCCUCGCUCUAUUUUCUCAGGACACCCCCUUGCUGGACUAUCGUAGUGUAGUCUCACUUGAGCGUUUUAUCCAGAUACACGUACAUCUCCUAAGCAUACACCCCACAUUGUGUCACCAUGUACGGGAGCUCACGUUCCAUCUCAAAGCUGGACGUUGUGGGAUCCAAUGGGAACGGGUCGGUUUCUGGGAGUCCCGGUCGCUCCCCACGCCUCCCUCGCUCCCCACGCCUCGGACACAGGAGGAACAGCAGCACCAGCUCCACCGGCGGACUAACUGGCUCUGGUAAAACCCUAUCCAUGGAGAACAUUCAGUCUCUUAACGCCGCCUACGCCACAGGAGGUCCUAUGUACUUCUCGGACACGGUUGAUGACCCGAUCGGGAUUGGGAGUCUGGGCAGUGGGCUGAAUCCCUCGCUGCCCAAAAGCACCAUGACCUUGGGGAGGGCUGGUGCCAGGCUUCCUUAUGGAGUGAGGGCGGCCAUUAUGGGCAGCAGUCCUAAUAUAAACAUUGGAGGCAUGGGUUGUGGAGGAGCCAUGCCUUCUGAUGCUAUAGCGUUUGGAGGAGAGAUGCCAAACCAUCCUCCACAGGCAGCUACUGUUCCCCACUCCAUGAGACAGGUGAGAGACGGAGCCAUGUCGGACCUUCAAACACAACUAAGAGAAGUGCUGAGAGAGAACGAGCUGCUACGCAGAGAACUGGAGGCUAAAGAGUCCAAGCUGAGCUCCUCUAUGAACUCCAUCAAGACGUUUUGGAGUCCAGAGCUGAAGAAAGAGCGGGCGAUCAGGAAGGAUGAAGCCACAAAGAUGUCCGUCUGGAAGGAACAGUACCGAGUUGUUCAGGAGGAGACACAGCAUCUUCAGUGCACCAUCCAGGCUUUACAAGAUGAGGUCCGAAUCCAACGCGAUCUCAACCACCUCUUACAGUCGGACUACUCGGACUCUGGGCACCUCGGAAACCACGCCUUCUCCCCUCAAGACAUGACAGAGGACAACUUCCUGCGUCUCCACGCUGAGUACGAGCGGCAGGUCAAAGAGCUCUUCCUCCUGAGGAAGACGGUGGAGGAAAUGGAGCUGAGGAUAGACACGCAGAAACACACCCUGACUGCCAGGGAUGAGUCAAUAAAGAAGUUACUGGAAAUGCUGCAGAGUAAAGGCCUGUCAUCACGGGCAACAGAGGAGGACCACGAACGUACGAGGCGACUGGCCGAUGCCGAGAUGACCAUCCACCAGCUGGAGGGCCUGCUGGAGCGAAAAGACAAGGAGAUGCUACAACUCAGAGAGGAGCUGCACAGGAGAUAUGAAGCAGCUCCAGAGUCGACAAAGACCAAGGCCCUGCAGACAGUCAUUGAGAUGAAGGAUGCAAAGAUCAGCUCGAUGGAGCGUGGCUUGAGGGAGCUGGAGGAGGAGGUGAACAUGCUGAAGUCCAACGGAGCUCUGAGCAGCGAGGAAAGGGAGGAGGAGAUCAAACAAAUGGAGGUCUACAGAUCCCACUCCAAGUUCCUGAAGAACAAGGUUGAGCAGCUGAAGGAGGAUCUAAAUCACAGCCAAUCAGAGAAGGAGGAGCUAAAACAACGAGCCAAUGAGCUUCAACGGGAGGUGUCCGCAAUGGAGCAGGCGAAGCAGGAUCUGAGUCGUAAGGACAGCGACCUGCUGGGUCUCAGGACAAAACUGGAGACACUGACCAACCAGUUCUCAGAUAGCAAGCAACACGUGGACGUUCUCAAGGAGUCCCUCACCGCCAAAGAACAGAGAGCCGCCAUACUGCAGACCGAGGUGGAUGCCCUGCGUCUCCGCCAGGAAGAAAAGGAAUCAUUCCUGUCUAAGAAGAGUCAGCAGAUAUCAGAGCUGACGGACAACAAGAGCACCCAGCAGGGAGAGAUCACCGACCUCAAGGACAUGCUGGACGUCAAGGAGCGCAAAGUGAACGUGCUGCAGAAGAAGAUAGAAAACCUCCUGGAUCAGCUGAAGGAUAAAGAGAAACAGCUGGCCGGCCUCAAAGACAGAGUCAAGUCUUUACAGACCGACACGUCCAACACCGACACAGCACUGGGAACACUGGAGGAGGCUCUGGCUGAGAAGGAGCGAAUCAUCGAGCGCUUGAAGGAGCAGCGGGAGAGGGAGGAGAGAGAAAAGGGUGACGAGAUGGAGUCCAGCAAGAAGGAGCUGAAGGAGUUGAGGGAGAAGGUUGCCCAGCUGCAGGCUGACCUGGCUGACCGUGAGACAUCUGUGUUGGACCUGAAGGAGAAGGCUUCCUCUUUGGCUUCCUCCACCCUGAAGAAGGACAGCAGGCUGAAGAGUCUGGAGAUCAGUCUGGAGCAGAAGAAAGAGGAGUGUGUCAAACUAGAGAACCAUCUGAAAAAGGCGCAGAGCUCAGCGACGGAGUCAAAGGGUAGCACUGAACUCUCUGAGCGCAUCUCCUGCCUGGAGCAGGAAGUGACCCGACACAAAGAGGAUGCCGGGAAGGCCCAGACCGAGGUGGAGCGGCUGCUGGAGAUCCUGAGGGAGAUGGAGAAUGAAAAGAAUGACAAGGAGAAAAAGAUCCACGAACUGGAGAGGCAGAUGAAGGACCAAUCUAAAAAGGCGGCCAACCUGAGGCACAAGGAGCAGCAGGAGAAAAGCAAGAACGCCCUGCUGAUGGAGGAGGCCAAGAAGAGAGAGGACAAUCUGAAUGAAAGCUCCCAGCAGAUACAGGACUCCCUCCGUCAUAAAGAGGACCGCAUCGAAGAGCUGGAGGAGGCGCUGAGGGAAAGCGUUCAAAUCACAACAGAGCGGGAGGUGGUGCUCGCCCAGGAGGAGCAUGCACGCGUCCACUCCGAGAAACAGGUGGAGGACCUGCUGGUUGCCAUGGAGCGGGUGAAACAGGAACUGGACGUGAUGAAGGCCAGGCUGUCAUCGACUCAACUCUCACUGGCCGAGAAGGAAGGUCACCUGACCGCCCUGCGGGCCGAGAGGCGGAAGCACCUGGAGGAGGUUCUGGAGAUGAAGCAAGAGGCGCUGCUGGCAGCAAUAAGUGAGAAAGACGCCAACAUCGCCCUGCUGGAGCUCUCCUCGUCCAAGAAGAAGAAAACCCAAGAGGAGGUGGCCUCUCUCAAGAGGGAGAAGGACAGUCUGGUUCAGCAGCUCAAACAGCAGACUCAGAACCGGAUGAAGCUGAUGGCGGACAACUACGAGGACGAGCACCUGAAGGUCUCGUCUCCAAACGCAGAGCUGCCCAACAAUCACAAACCCUCCCCUGACCAGAUUCUCUCUCCCCUCCUGGAUCUCAAUCAGAAUCGCAGCAAACUGAAGCUGUACAUCAGUCACCUGACCUCACUGUGUCAGGAGCGGGACCCAAUCAUAUUGCAGGACUUUGCCCCGCCCCCCUCCUAUCACCGCUCAGACUCCGCCACCUGGCACACGCAGCUGCGCAGCAUGACACGGGAACAGUUGGAGGCGGAGUUAGAGCUGUGCGAGAGGGAGGGGGCGGAGCUCCAAGAGUACGCCAAUCAGGUCCUGCAGCAGAUCGCCGACCGAUGCCCCGACAUCUUGGAACAAGUCGUCAACGCCCUGGAGGACAGCUGCUGACACACACACACGGACACACACAUAAGGACACACACAAGCACGCACACACACACACACACACACACGCACACACACACAGUCAGCCAGCCCCAAUAAUAUCCCCUGAUUGUAGAUACUCAGUGUUGGACAUGAAGAUGAAAACUUUCUCUUCACUCAUCUCGUUUUCACAGAUGAGAAAGUGGAUCCACAAAAAAAGAAAAAGAAAUCCAGAUAUAAAAUAUUCAUCCACUGCGUCUUCAGUCCACAUUGUAUAUUUUAUAUGGGGGGGGGGGGGCAGCUAAGGGAAAAUACUGUUCACCUUUCCACCCUUCAGUGCUUUGUUGGCAUGCUAAUUAAUUGGAAAAUAGUUUUUGACACGUCACAGCGGCCAUCUUGUGUCCUUCCAGGUGAUCAGCAGUUGUAACUAGUGACUGUGACUUGUAUUUUAUUGAGGAGGAAGGAUAAAAAAAAAAAAAUCUAACUGUAUUUGAGAGUGAGUUGAGUUUGCCAGGUUGUUUUCUGAUGCCAGACUUACACUCUAUUGUCACACUGUCCUUUAUUCAGAUAAGAGUGUGUCUAUUUCAGCUGCCUUUGUUUCUUUACAUCAUUUGCUGCUAUCGUUUUCACCUUUAGUUCCUUUUCUUGUAUUUUUUUUUCUCUUCCGUCAGGUAUCUGAUGAAAGGUCCCGGCUCGCAGUGUAUUUUUUUCUUUCCCCGGCCGGUGUGUAAAUUGUAAAGAGAGAAGUUUUAAUUAACAGCUACACAGAAUUCAUCAGGGGAACACAACACAACACUUCCAUCUAUUGUCUCACACAACAAACGAAAAGCAUAAAACCACAAUAACUCUCGCAAUAGUCCCUUUAUGAAAACACGCCCGUGGGGAUGGUUUGUGUUUCUCUCUAACCUGAGAAAGCAACACGUUCUGUUGGGUUGUGCGUUCGUGCUGAGCUCAGAUGAUCCCUCACUCACCCUCCUGUGACAAUCCCUUAACACGAGCAGACGUCUGGACUCGCUCAUUCCCCCUCAUCAAUACACCGUCGGUUUUUCUUUCUCGGGAGGGAAGGGGAACAUGAAAUAAAUGUUAUAUAUUUUUUUGCUUUUGGUAAUAUAUGAAUAUAUAAAACACUAAUCUUGUUGAAAUUGAAAAUAUUGUCAUCUCUUGGUCGGUAUGUUACAUAAUGUGUCAAGAUAUAUUUUGCCUUUCUUUGUGUGUGUGUGAUUUGGAAGAGAGCACAGGUCUGUUGCUGUACGUUGCACCGACUCACGGCUCCGUGUCCACCAGGAACGUUUCUCCUCACGCUCCCUCUCUUGUUCUUGUUGUGUUACUGAGGUAAUGACACUCGAAUGCAUGUUUCCCACAGCGCUGACAGCCCGAGCAUGGAUUUACACACUUGCAGCACAGAGCACAGGAGGAUCUAAUUGAUUCGAAUUCAUGGAGAAGCUCCUCUGACUGGGGGUGUUUUUAGUUUGAGCUGUUUUUCCGAUUCAGGGGCCGCAUCCCUCUGAGGAGGAAGACACCCCAAAAAGACAAAUGGAAGACAGCUAGCUAUGCGUGUGGCUCCUUUAUGUCCUCUGAAUGAGGUGGUCCCUGAAUUUGGACACAGCUGUAGUCUCAUUCUGUGCUGAGUGCUGAACACAUGACUGACGUUGGCCACAUGCAACUUGAGCUCUCUUAAAAAAAUUUAAAAACUAACCCGGUGGACACGGAACCCAAAGACAGGGAUUUACACAACAUCCUCAAAUCUGAUUAGACUGAAGAACUUUUCUCCGCACCUCAGCAGUGUCUUAACAAGUCAAAAGCAACAUCAGGAGUUUCAUUUCAAAAAUUGUUUUUACGGAGGACGACUCUGGAGUCUGGUGUGGUGUAACAUUUGACACACGAAGGUUGUUUUAUUUUGAAAUGAAACUCAGUCAGAUAUGUGCGUGUUGUCGUAAAUCCAGUGUUUAGUUUUGCCUGUUUUAUACUGAUGAUGUUUUGUCUUUGGGGCUGGUGAUGACUGGAACUCACCGUGACUCUGUCGUGGAUCGAAAAUGAAAGAAUGGAAAUAAAAUAUGAAUUUAUCUUUU